AUGGCCGACGUCACAGCGAUCGUACUCAACUGGGCCCGGCUCGAGAACGUCAAGUCCAUUGUCGCUCAUCUGUGCGAUGAACCAUUGCGGACGAUCUCAAAUGUGAUCGUAUGGAAUAACUCACCCGAUAGAAUAGAUGCCUCUGAGUUUGUCGCAGACGAGAGAGUGAGGAUCAUAAAUUCAGACGUGUUCUUCCAGGCGAGGUUUUUGGCAUGUUUAGAGGCCGAGGGAGAAUGGUGUUUGGUUCAGGACGACGACUACCUUGUCUCUACCGAAUCUAUCAAAGCACUUCGCAAAUACGCAGGAUUAUACAACACCAAAUACCCAAUCCACCUUCUUCCGCCGCACGAACACCUUUCGACCACACUCCGAAUACUCGUACAUUCUCCUUUACACGUCGCCUCGUUCGCAUGGCUCGGUCAUGGUACUCUCCUCUCUAAAUCGCAUGCUCGAGCGUUUAUGGAAGUGUUAAAGGCCGAGAGCGCGAACCAAGAACACAUCAUGCAAAUGGCGGAUAACUUCUUUUCCGUGCUCUUGAACCGGCGCGCGGACGUAUGGGUCGAUCGGGGGAUGCAUUUCGCAGAGGGUCGGGAGGUCGCGUUUACCGUGGGGGCAGAGGGAGAUGCGAGGAACUGGUAUUAUACGGCGAUUGCGGAAAAGUAUCUCGAAAGUAUCGUCCAGAGGGCCGAGCCCAAUGGAUAUACGGAUCUUGAACCGAAAGAAGAAGAAGAAGAGUUGGUUACUCGUUCCCCAGCCAGUACACACGGUCUUUGGUCGACCAAUGUCUGCGGAUAUGACGCGGAGGAGCGCGUUGGGGAAGUGGACGCAAGGCAUUAUAUUCAUCAUUCGUUUGCGUGUGUCGGGGAUGGGCUGGAGCAUACAGUCUUUAAAAGUCCGGCUGGUUGUGAAGAAGGUCAAUGGCUGUCUUUUGAUUUGCUUGAAAAGGUGGAGGUGUCGAGGAUUGAAAUCGAGUGGACGAUCGAGCCAGAGUUUGCACAUGAAGUCCAAGACAUGAAUUACCAAGUUUCAGAGGACGGAGUGUGGAUAAAUGCGGUCGUACAAGAGUGCACGCGAGUCGAAUCCGAGUCGCCAGAGUGGAUCAAAGUGUCGACAAGGCUGGACCUAGAGUCCCCGCGGAUAUUGAAUAUCGUUCGCGCAAAUAUUGGUCCUGGGUCUGGAUCGGAGCGUCCGGCUUGGGGGGUGGCUGGAUGUGCGACACUGAUUGGCUGGGAUGCUGGACACUAUAUGCCAUCUGGGAUGAUGGGUCGCGAGCAGGGGAUGCAGGGCAAUCCAAUGCAUCCGCAACAGCAGCACAUGCUGGGCCAGCCGCACCAUCCCCAGCAGCCGCAGCCACACCAUCCCAUACAGCAGCCACCCCACCCACAGCAGCAGUUUGGCCCACAGCCACAGCAAGGCCCGCCCCCCAAUGGCCAGGACAUGUCUCUUGCCACCGUGCUUCACUAUCUCCAGUCCGAAUGGCGCCGCUACGAACGGGAGCGCAACGAAUGGGAGAUCGAGCGAGCCGAGAUGCGCGCGCGUAUUGCGCUCCUCGAGGGCGAGAGACGCUCGUUUGACAAUCUCAAGAUUGAUUGGACACGCCGCAUAAAGAUGCUCGAGUAUGCCCUCAAGGACAAAACAGUCAACCAGCCCGCGACAGCCCAGUCCAACAAGGUCGCCUCGUUGCGCAAAGAGGACGAUCCUGCACCACUCAAGGAGGGAAGUGGGUCCAGUUCGCCACGUAGCGAAGAUAUUCCUUUGCCUCCCGACGCGCGUGCUGGGGUCCUUGCUGGCGGUCAGCCCAACUCGCGACCACAGUCGAUUGCCGGUCUCAAUGGACUCGCAUCUCAGUCCACGGCCAAUCUGCUCGGUACAAAGAUGACCGGCCGCGAUCCCAAGUCGCGUGCGCGCAGCAAAGAGUAUCUCAAACAAUGUCUACAGGAAGUCAACUACCUCACGUCCCCGCAAGCUGUUAACCCCCUUCCCAACCGUCCAUUGGUUUCCCUUGGCCCCAACUCUACGCUUAUCAGCACCGGCGCUCAGAAUAUGGCAUGGGGUGGUAAUGAUACUAUCGGGCCCAACGGCCGACCGCGUAAACUUGUUCCAGAGGUCGGAAAGGAGUUUUCGACCUUGAACGGCGGUCUUGAGCCUAGUCUUAUGCCCGAAAGCGUUGGUGCACCACGGGAUCAGCCUACAGAGAUCAAGAACAAGAGUGCUCCAGAAUCUGGCGGUCAACCGCCUCAGAGCCAGCCCGACGUACCCACCUCUGCCCAGGAAGAGGAGCCUUUAGCUCCUAUUCCUCUCGACGAACCCGAGCAAACCGCAGAACAGGAACCUCAAGUCGAAGAGGUCGAGUCUGCCGAGGAAGCCCCCAGACAACCUGCAUCAUCGGGAGUCACGGCGAUUUUCCGUCCGGAUGAUCGAGGGGAGUGGAAGAGGCAACUGCAAGAGGCACAUGAUGAAGCUGUGAGAGCUGGAACCGCUGGAAGUGGUCUCGAAAACAUCUCAUUAAAGGACGAGUUCGAUACUGAUGAUAUGGACAACGCGGCAGAAGAGAGCGAAGACAAGACAAAAGUUUGGAAAACUCGCAAGACGCUCAGAAAUCAUCUCGAUGCGGUCCGGGCCGUGGCCUUCCACCCUAAUGAAAUGUGCCUGGCUAGCGGUGGUGAUGAUUUCACAGUCAAGAUUUGGAGGCUUGAUCCAGCCUCUUUAACGUCCAAUUCCCGUCAAGCUCAGCAGUCGGUUGACAUUGAGCCUCAGCUCACGCUUCGUGGACAUACAGCCGCGAUUACAUGUCUCGUCGCGUCCCCACGAGGACUCUUGUUCUCCGCUUCUAUGGAUGCGUCCAUCCGUAUUUGGGCAUUCCCUCCCGAGUCCCUGCAGCCGUACGCGCCCUACGACCCGAGCUACUCUCGAGGUGAACUCGUAGGACACACCGACGUAGUUUGGGGCCUGGCCCUCGUCCGGGAUGGAACAUGGCUCGCAAGCGGCGGUGCAGACGGCAUGGUUAAAGUUUGGGAAAUCACCGAAUCGGGUGGAAAUCUUCGACUGACCUGGGGCUACAACGGCGCUGAAGCUGAGGCCGAACCGGAGGCCGAACCCGAGUCGGGAGAGACGAUACCGGUCGUGGCCGUCGAGGGUAUCAAGAGUGAUCUACGCAAAGUUGCGGUGGCGUACGCAAAUUGCAUAGUCAAGGUGUUUGACAUUGAGAAUGGCAAAGAAUUGGGUUCCCCACUAACUUUUGGCGAACUCGAUGUGCACACUGACACGGUCACGAUUGUCCAUUGA